GAUUUCAGCUUUGCCUUUUGUCCCUCGCCUCUUUCUCUUUCUCUCUCGUUCUCCGUCUGUCGCUCUCUCCCUGUUUGGAAGCUUCUUCAGAUCUCUGUUUUUCUCUUUCUCGGUCGCGCGAUCACCAGACCACUAAUAAGCAGAGAUGGCGAAGCAGGAAGCUAGUCCUGCCCCGAGUGCCGAGGUUGUUGGCCAUGCUUUUGUAGAGCAAUACUAUCACAUUCUUCAUCAAUCUCCUGGGUUGGUUCAUCGGUUUUAUCAGGAUUCGAGUUUGCUAAGUCGGGCUGAUGCUGCAGGCACUAUGUCCACCGUGACAACUAUGCAAGCAAUCAAUGAUAAGAUUCUGUCUUUGAACUAUGAAGACUACACUGCUGAGAUAGAAACAGCAGAUGCUCAGGAAUCUUUUGAGAAAGGUGUUAUUGUGUUGGUGACGGGAAGCUUAACCGGAAAGGACAAUGUGAGGAAGAAGUUCACUCAAACGUUUUUUCUGGCUCCACAAGACAAAGGGUUCUUUGUCUUAAAUGAUGUUUUCAGAUUCCUCGAGGAGAAAGAGCUGACACAGACUCGUUCUGUCACCAUCAAUGGAAUCAGCGAGAAUGUUCAGGCUGUUGAACAAGAACAUGUUACUGAUAGUCACGAGCCAGAGCCAGAGCCAGUUGCCUCCAUCGAGGAAGAAGAUCUUGAUAACGUGGCUGAGGUGUAUGACCCAUCUGAUAAAGAUGAAGGAUCGGUAGUUGACGACGAGAUUGUUGAACCCCCGAUUCAACCUACUCACACUGAAAUUCUUUCCACUGAUGAUGCGGCAUCUUUGUCACAGGAGGAUGCUCCUAAGCAAUCGUAUGCUUCAAUCCUCAAACUGAUGAAAAGUGGUCCAACCACAACCCAUGUUGCUACAAAUAAGACAAGGGCAGGUCCUGUGUCCACCAACCAGAAGCAAACUGUUCCUCGCGUCAAGCCUGUAGCAACACCCGAGGCUUCUGCUCCGAGUAAUGAGAAUGCUCCAGAUAGUAGCAAUGUUAAUGGCGAAGACGAUGGUCACUCGAUCUAUGUCCGGAAUUUGCCAUUUGAUGCCACCCCUACACAACUCGAAGAGGUGUUCAAGAAGUUUGGAGCUAUCAAGGAUGACGGGAUUCAAGUGAGAAGCAACAAGCAAGGUUUCUGUUUUGGUUUCGUGGAAUUCGAGACAUCUAGCGGCAAGCAGGCUGCACUCGAGGCAUCGCCAGUUAUGAUUGGGGACCGUCAAGCUGUUAUAGAGGAGAAGAAGACAAACACUCAAGUUGGCAGCAACACCGGUAGGGGGAGGUAUUCAUCUGGAAGAGGAAGCUUCCGGAACGAAAGUUUCAGAGGUGGUCGUGGUGGAGGAGGCGGCGGAAGAGGAGGAUACGGAAGAGGUGAGUUCAGAAGCCAAGGCGAGUUCUCGGGCCGACCCAAGGGGUCAAUCCCGAGGAACGGAGGAGAGGGUUACCAAAGGGUUCAUCAAAACGAGCCCGGAAGAGGAGGGCGAGGCGGCCACCGCGGUGGCGGCGGCUCGUCUUGACGGUUCGAGAUGACGUCAUGGUAACGUUUUUGGAUUAGAGAGGGUGUGCCAAAACACCGUAAAUUCUUGAUAUUUUUUUUCUUGUGUCUGUGGCUUGAGUUCCAUCUGGUAAGGUAAACGCUUGAAUUUUCCCGGUUUAGUUUUUUUUUUCCUGGUUCGCAUUUGUUUGUAUUUUUUUGUCCUUCAUCGAUGUUAUGUACUUCAUAAAGAUUCAAUUUCACGAGAGAUCCAUGAUAAAGUUUUCUU